UAAGAGAAGAGGUUUACAGAUAAGCGGGACACAUAAUUGUUAUUAUCGCCGUCCGUCAAGAUGCCGCCGGCCGGAGAGCUCCAACAUCAAUCUCCCUCAAAAGACAAACAGUCCAACGAUGCUCAAUCUGCCGAAGCUGCAGCUGCGAUUGCCGCGGCUGCAGCCGAUGCGGAAGCUGCGGGAUUAUGGACACAGAUCAAGGCGGAAGCUCGCCGCGACGCAGAGGCGGAGCCGGCGUUAGCUAGCUACCUCUACUCGACGAUUCUCUCUCACUCGUCUCUCGAGCGGUCGAUCUCGUUUCAUCUAGGAAACAAGCUAUGCUCGUCGACGCUUCUCUCGACGCUUCUUUACGAUCUGUUCUUGAACACGUUCACCUCCGAUCCUUCUCUCCGCAACGCCACCGUCGCGGAUCUCCGUGCUGCUCGCGUUCGUGACCCGGCGUGUAUCUCCUUCUCCCAUUGCCUUCUCAAUUACAAGGGCUUCUUAGCGAUUCAGGCACAUCGUAUCUCACACAAGCUAUGGACUCAAACGCGGAAGCCACUAGCCUUAGCUCUCCACUCGCGUAUCUCCGAAGUGUUCGCCGUCGAUAUCCAUCCAGCAGCGAAGAUCGGUAAAGGGAUACUUCUCGAUCACGCAACCGGAGUCGUCAUCGGAGAAACAGCUGUGAUAGGGAACAACGUUUCGAUCCUCCACCACGUGACGCUCGGUGGAACAGGUAAAGCUUGCGGAGACAGACAUCCCAAGAUCGGCGACGGUUGCUUGAUCGGAGCUGGAGCGACUAUUCUCGGGAACGUCAAGAUCGGAGCAGGAGCUAAAGUAGGUGCCGGAUCUGUUGUUCUGAUCGACAUCCCUCCACGAGCUACGGCCGUUGGGAAUCCGGCGAGACUCGUCGGAGGAAAAGAGAAACCGACGAUUCAUGAUGAGGAGUGUCCGGGAGAGACGAUGGAUCACACUUCGUUUAUCUCCGAAUGGUCGGACUACAUCAUUUGAAAUUAUUACUGAGCUUUCUUGUGUGUGUUCGAGCUUGUCGUGAUUGUGAGAUACGCGUGAUGAAACUGUCUUAGUGAGCUUUGUCGGAUUUAUAGAUUACUGGGAUGUUAAGUGCAAUAACAAUCGGUUCAUAAAAGAAAAUAAAAUAAAAUAAUAAUAAUAAUAACAAUGGGUUUUAGUUUGGUCGUA